GUGUAGACGCCUUGGCGGCGCGCAGCACUGGUGCAUUGCUUCGAAGAUGCCUAAACGCACGACUCACACGUACUCCAGUGAGGAUGCAAAUCCGGAGGGUCCAAAUUCAGAGUUGUUCGUCUACUAUUGCAAGCACUGCUGCGCGCACGUUCUCAUCAUGGACACCCAGCUGCAGAGUCUGCCGAAGCGGAAGACAGAUAACGCGUAUGUUGUGGACAAGACGAAACAUCUCGCAAGAUUUAAUGUCAUGGAGGCGGGAAAGCAGGUUCUCAAGAGAGGGGAGAGCAAAGUGGAAAGACAAUACCGAAUGAAGUGUGCAGGUUGUGAGCUCUUUGUGUGCUACAGAGCUGAAGAGAAUCUCGAAGCUGCCAAGUAUGUCUACGUGGCAGAGGGCGCCCUCAGCACAGUCGCUGCGGAGACCAAUCCACAGAAUGGUGUUUCUUGUGCAGGAUGCACCCGUGCCGCCCUGCAUAUCACAAAUGGACGAUGGCUUGGUACAAGUAGCCAUUGAGGUUGAGGAUCGCGCCCAACGCUCUGCAGUCACACGUAAGCUCCGUUCGCCCAUUUCCUAUUUCAGAGGAGAAAAACCCUCGGCAUGCCAGCUGUUGAAUAAGUUAUUUGAUGUGCAUACUGUUCAGCCGAACAGCAAGGUACCCCUCUACUCACCCAACAUGAAAUCCCAGAAGUGAAAUAGUGUCAGUCAGAUUCCGUUGCAUCGAUCUGAAAAAGCAAGGGAGUCUGAGACGCUUGCAUUUUGUCGGGUCACUCCCUUCACCGUCGCCAGAUGCUGCAAAAUGUGCAAAAUCCCGGCGGGAAAAAGGGGGGGGGAGAGGGGGUGUCAAAAGGCAGAGCAGACUUUGGAAAUGCUUGCGGCAGCACAUCCUGCCAAGGAGGCACCCUGAAUGCAUACCGGGGUGAACCAAGAAGACUCUACAGAAUGUAGUUAUUUCUAGUAAAAAUACUAAAAAUCU